CAACCUGAGGCAGAGCAGCUGAGCUCCAGCUCAUUACAGGAGGGAGAUUUUCCAUCGCGCCGCGUUUUAAACGCUCAGCAUCCUCAGCUGCGCUCAUUCUCAUCUUUUCUUAUCGGAUUGCUAGAAGCACAGGCGCUGUUGUUGACUGAUUUCUCAUCGCCUUGUUUCCGUCGCUUCAAUGGCGAGGCUGAAAUUAAAGGUACAGAGCGCCUUCGAUUAAUCAGUGCAGCUCUGAAGAGGAAUCAGUGACACCAAUCUGGCAACCCUUGUUCUGGUGUAGACAGGGUUUUGUUUUAUCCCCCCGACUGCAGUAAGAUGGGCUCGAGCUUCAGGAGCGAGGAGAUGUGCCUGGCACAGCUCUUCCUGCAGUCAGCUUCAGCAUACGACUGCAUCAGCGAGCUCGGGGAAAUGGGCCUCGUCCAAUUCCGAGAUCUCAACCCCAGCGUCAGCCCCUUCCAGCGCCGCUUCGUCAGCGAGAUCAAGAGGUGUGAAGAGAUGGAGAGAAUUCUGGGAUACCUCUUAAGGGAAAUCAAAAAGGCCAACAUUGCCAUUCCAGAGCCUGAAGUCAGUCCUGUAGCUCCUGCUCCCAAGCAUGUGCUAGAGAUCAUGGAGCAGCUGCAGCGUUUGGAGGUGGAGCUCAGUGAGGUGGCCAAGAACAAAGAGAAACUCCAGCGGAACCUUCUGGAGCUUACAGAGUACACACACAUGCUGAGGAUCACACACACCUUCAUGCACAGCCGCUCCAGGCACGAGGCUCUGGGCCCGCAGUAUGAGGAGUUCCCAUCUCUGGAGCCCGAGUCUGUGGCCGGCUGCACCAGCAUGCAGAGACUGGGGGCCAAACUGGGGUUUAUCUCAGGGCUGAUCCAGCGGGUGAAGAUGGAGGCGUUUGAGCGUAUGCUGUGGCGAGUGUGUAAAGGUUACACGAUCCUCAGCUACGCCGAGGUGGAUGAGAAUUUGGUCGAUCUCGACACUGGAGAGAUCAGUAAGAGCGUGGUCUUCCUCAUCUCAUUCUGGGGCGAUCAGAUUGGACAGAAAGUUCAGAAGAUCUGUGACUGUUACCACUGCCAUGUGUAUCCCCACCCAGAGUCCGAUGAGGAAAGAGCAGAUGUAAUGGACAGCUUAAGGACGCGUAUUCAAGAGCUCAAUAAUGUGCUCCACCGGACUGAAGACUACCUGAAGCAGGUGCUCCAUAAGGCCUCAGAGUCAGCACACUCCUGGGUGCUCCAGGUAAAGAAGAUGAAGGCCAUCUAUCACAUCCUCAACCUAUGCAGCUUUGACGUCACCAACAAGUGUCUCAUAGCUGAGGUGUGGUGUCCCGUUAAUGACUUGACCAACCUGCGGAGGGCUCUGGAGGAGGGUUCGAGGAAAGGAGACGCCACUGUGCCGUCGUUUGUGAAUCGUAUCCCAAGUAAAGACACGCCGCCUACACUUUUGAGGAGCAACAAGUUCACAUGCGGCUUUCAAAGCAUCGUGGAGGCGUACGGAGUCGGAGAUUACAGAGAGGUCAGUCCAGCACCCUUCACUCUCAUCACAUUUCCCUUCCUGUUUGCGGUGAUGUUUGGGGAUCUGGGACACGGCGCCGUCAUGGCGCUCUUUGCCCUGUGGAUGGUACUGAACGAGAAAAACUACAAACGAAGGCACUCAGGAAAUGAGAUGUGGAACAUGUUUUUCGAGGGGAGAUAUAUCAUCCUGAUGAUGGGUGUGUUCUCCGUCUACACGGGACUCAUCUACAACGACUGCUUCUCUAAAUCUCUCAACAUCUUCGGCUCAGGCUGGAGCGUCAAGGCCAUGUUCACAGAGCAGCAGUGGACAAAUGAAACUUUACAGCUGAAUGCUUUCCUGACGCUUGAUCCCAACGUGUCUGGAGUUUUCACCGGACCCUAUCCACUGGGCAUCGAUCCGAUUUGGAACAUGGCGACGAAUCGGCUGGCUUUUCUCAACUCAUAUAAGAUGAAGAUGUCGGUGAUCGUCGGGGUUUUGCACAUGAGCUUCGGCUUGGUGCUCAGCGUCUUCAACCACCUACACUUCCGUCAGCGUUUUAAGCUCUACCUGCUCUUCCUGCCUGAGCUGCUCUUCCUGUUGUCUCUCUUCGGGUAUCUGCUGUGUCUGAUCGUGUAUAAGUGGCUGCGUUUCUCAGCGUGUGAGUCUCGCUCUGCUCCCAGCAUCCUCCUGCACUUCAUCAGCAUGUUCCUCAUGCAGUCCAGCUCGACCACGCCCCUUUACCCUGGACAGACGGCACUGCAGGUGUUCCUUCUGGUCAUGGCUUUGCUAUGUGUGCCCGUGCUGUUGCUAGGGAAACCGCUGUACCUCUACUGGCUCCAUCACGGCACCAAGGGCCUGGGAGUACGCAGGGGUUACGAGAGAGUUCGGCGUGUGAGUGAGGACGAUCUGUCCCCAUCUGUAGUCCAUGAUGAGGAGGAAGGACUGGAGGAUCACACAGGACGGGAGAGCAGCACACACCAGUUUGAUUUCGGAGAUGCCCUGUUACACCAGGCCAUACACACUAUUGAGUACUGUCUGGGCUGCAUCUCAAAUACAGCAUCGUACCUGCGCUUGUGGGCCCUGAGCCUGGCUCACGCACAGCUCUCUGAGGUUCUGUGGACGAUGGUUAUGCGUGUAGCUCUGAGAAUAAGCGUGCGUCUUGGCGUGCUCUUCCUCGUUCCUGUCUUCAGCGUCUUCGCUGUCCUCACCAUCUCCAUCCUGCUGCUGAUGGAGGGACUCUCCGCCUUCCUGCAUGCACUGCGCUUGCACUGGGUGGAGUUUCAGAAUAAAUUCUACAGCGGUACAGGUGUCAAAUUCGCCCCGUUUGACUUUUCCCUCCUACCCUCAGUCUUCGAGCAGGACGGAUUACUGUGACAGGAACAGUUUGCUUUUCAGCUCGUCCAUCAUGACGUACUGUCGCUCACAGACUUCCUCGUUACAGACCUCAGCUCAGCCGGAGUGAAGAGAGCGUCCGGACGCUUCGUCAUGUCUCCUUCACGCUUUUUAAAUCCCACACAAAUCCGCCUUCGAGUCAUGUCAUCCAUAUCAGCCGUAUAUCAACGCUGGUUCCAUUUGACACCUCGGUCUGUUCUAUUUCUCUUUAGACAACAACUUUGAAUUCAUCACCUUUAUUCAGUUCUGUCAUAUCAGAGUUUAAAAGUGCCAUCAAGUAUUUUGCAAUAGACAGUUUUGUACGUCACGUGUACUGAGGAUAUGACAGUUAGCUGCGGAUUUUAAACACACACACACACACACACACAAAACAUCCAAGAAAACUUGUGAAAACUUUUGUAAGUAGAAAAAAGUCAUACAGAAUCAAGUGUAUGGAGUUCACUUCCUGUUUAAAGUCAUGAAUCUAAUGGCAAAUGUGUCCAUUUUUGCUGUGAAGAUGGAAAUUAGAUUUUAUAAAUGUGAUAUGAGACUGUUCUCACAAAAUUUUUGCUAGCCGCACUUGCAGAUUUACAAAUCAGACUAUCUCAUUGCUGAAUUUAUGUCCAAUUAAUAUUGACAGGAAAAUAACUACAUACGUGUCAUCCAUGCAUUCAGUGAACUUUUCAUUCAUUGAGUACACUAUUAAAGCAUAAUUUCCGGAAAAAAAAAAUCCUAAUGGCUGGUUAUAUUUUUCACUCAUAAGCAUAUGCUAGUGUUUCAGUUUUUAUAUCAUUAUAGAACUUUUUUUUUAUCACGGUGUACCAUUUUACCACCAUAUUAUAUAUUUAAAAAUGUCUUGCAUUGGGUCAGUAAUUUAAUUCAACAUUCAAAGCUAAGAUUUUAAAACUUUAGAAAAAUUCUUGGAUUGUGUUCUGUAUGGAGGACGCAUUGUGAUGCUCCUUCAAGUUUCCUUCAUAUAAGGGACUUUAGCAGACAGUUUUGUUAAAUGCUGCUUUCUAAAUUUGACAACUUCAUCUCAGGAGCAAAAAGAAAAAAUAAUGCUGCCCACCUCAUAAGAACACAUAUCAAUAUCACAUGUCCUGAGUAUCAUAUUGUGUGAUAUUGUAUUUUAUCAGGUUUUGCCCUUAUUUUAAGGACAUGUGUGAAGUGUGUAGUAGAGAAAUUGUAGUUCUUUUGGCUGCUUAUGGCUUUCAUUAAUUUUUUUUUCAUGUGAAUGGGUUAGACUUUAUAAAUUAGUAGACUUAGAAAGAAAAGCUUGAUAAAUGCUUUUGUAAGCUGGCUUUGCAAAUUGUAGUUUUUUUAUAUCACUCAUUUAUUUUUUAUUGAUCCAUUUAGAUUUAAUUCGUUAAUCUGAUUGUUAGCUACAUUCACCUUGUAGGUCCAGUGCAAAAUUAAGGAUGCAAACGUCAGGGACUAAACAUGUCUUGGCUAUCUUACUAAAUUUUACGUAAGGGGGAAAUGAUGUGAAUUAAAAACAUUUUCCUCUAAUCUUGUUGGGGAUCAAGACUGUUAUCAAUUUGAAGUUGUAAAAGAGAAAAGUUAUUAUUAUUAUUAUUAUUAUUAUUUUGCUAUAACCUUCCAGCUUUGUUACAUAUAUAGUUAUUAUUUAAUAUUUCAGCAGUCAUCCCGGAUGUUACACUUAGGAAAAAUGGGAUUCUUGCUAGUUGACAUCACAUCAGUACAUAAUUACACCACCAAGGUACAUGUACAAAACAGAGGAAGGAAAGUAAACAAGUUUAUGUAAAUGUAAGAGAGACAGAAAUCUAACAUAAUCUAAAGAGCAGGCCUGCAUAUCAUUCAAAUUGGCCGAUUUAGUCUAUUUUGUCUUUUAAUUUAAGCACGAUUGCAAAUCUAUAACAGUUUAAAGUCACAAAAAUAAAGGAUCCAAAAUAAAAUAAAAUAGGCUAUGUGAUGUUACUUAUAAUAACACUAUAAUUAUAUCUCAUAUUUCUUAUUCUAUACAACACAGCAGUACAUUAAGCUAUGCUCUUUAAAGAAAAUACCUUUAAAUGAAUGCUUAAACAUAGCCAUUCUUUAAAUGUUACAGAUAACCUUUAAAAAUAAGAAUGUAGACAUUAAUAUGGCAAAUCUGUUGGCUUUAUGACAAGCAGGAAUAAAUCUAGUAGAGACUGGAACAGCCAUAUUCCUUCAUUCCCUCCAAAUAGGGCUCACACUUAUAUCCUAGAUAGUAUAAGAGAGUAAUAUGGUAAUUAUGGUAACAUACUCUCGUGGCGUACUACUUAGUACGCUAGUAUGCGUGUUAGAAACGUAGCCUGGAUACCUGUGUCGUCAUUACGGACGGAUCCAUUCGAUAUUUUUAAGACGGUACAU